UGGCUGUGUCGACUUUCUGUUUUGCAGUGAUUUGAUUGCUUGGUCUCAGCUAUGUGAGUUGGUCCCAGACACCUCGCCCUGCACCACCAGCACGGACUCUCCUCUUCAUCUUCCUCAUCGUUAUCGGAAGAGAAAAUAGUUUCAUGUAAGGUUGUGUCGCCGUCGCUCCGCAGGGUGGAAGAUGUCCGCUGGCUUCUCCGGGCCAGAGCCAGUUUAGGAAGAUCUUUUCCCACGGAGUCAGGACCAGUCCGCUCAGGAGAACACCAACGCCGUUUUUCCUGUCGUGCUUAGCUUGUCAUUUAGAGGCAACUGUCAAAGUUGGGCCCCCUCUUUAAAACACGGAGCUGCAUGGGUGUGAGACUUUGCCCUGGACUGUUUAGGUGGAGUUAGCGGCUAUGUGUGUUUGGCCAGGCCAAGGCGAGGACGGAGCGGGGAUGCCUUCUGGCUAGCAGCGCUAACGUUAUCUGGACCGCAGCUAGGUCGCAAAACACGCAUUAUUUAGCACGUUGGUCGGCGACAUUUCGUCGUGGUGUUGGUAUAUUCUGAUUUUUAAGACACUCCUCCCUCUUUCACCAGUCACACAGUCUGUGGUAACAAGGAAGAUGACGAAUUAGCGGUUACUUUGUUUGUUUCUGUCCUCCAGUCGUGCUAGUGACUUCCAGCAAUAUAACAACACAAGCCUAUACUUUAUUCACUGACACAAAAAACUGCAUUUCAGCACUAAAACACUAAUGUUAAUGUUAUUAUUUCACACUGCCAGGCAGGUGGGUAGACAAACAUGUCUACUAACUAACUAGCACGCACGGAAAAAGGUGUGAUACCGGGAUUGAUUGACAUUUGAGCAGCACAACAGAAGACGUACAAUUUGUGUGUUUGGCACCUGUUUAACUUUGAGGAGAAGACGGCACAAGAAGACCAUGGAGGGAAAUGUACAGCAACAGAAAACGACUCCUUUAGCUCGGGAGCUGACGAGGAUAUUUAACAGCUACAACAAACACACCAUACAGCUGAAGAAAAACCUGAAGGAGACUAAUGGUUUCUUUCGGGAAAUAAGGCAAAACUACAGCAAUGCAUGUGCAUCCACCACAAACUCGGAUUCAGCGUAUUGCGAGUCAGGCCAGCUCAGCUGCAUUUCUUUCCCCACCCAUGAGGAAGAGUUUCUGCGCAACACUGUGGGCGCUGCCCCGUACAUCCUGGUACUUGGCCAGGACUGUGCUGCCCGCUACCAGCUGCUCAACUGCCUUCUGGGGGAGAGGCUGCUGCCACUGGGCCCCGAGGCCGGAGAGGCUUGUGAAGGAGUCCAGGGUACUGUCUGCAAAAGGCGGAAGCUGUGUUUCACCCAUGGGAGACAGACACGGCUCAGCUUAGCACUGCCUGGCCAGUAUGAGCUGGUGCACCAGCUGGCGGCAAACUGUGGCCGCUGGGACACAGUACCCCGAGAAGACCUCGAGAUCCAUGAGGAAUGUGAGGACCCGGCCCACAGGCUAGCAGAGCUGGAGAUCACCCUGCAUCACCCACUGCUACAGGAAACGAAGGUCAUGGUGGUGCCUUGUCCGAGUGUCCAGCCAAUAGAAGAGGCUUUGGAAGACUGCACCCGCAGCGUGAUCCCCAUCAUACUCUACGCCAUCAACCAAGACUCCUUAAGCGCAGAGCAGGUGGCGGAGCUCUGGAAGGUCAAAGAGAUGCUCCCCUUUCCCAUCUGUUUUAUUCGGAUCCCUGACACCAUUCCAGCAGCCUCCCCAGAACCCGGCCGCCGUGCAGAGAAGGAAAAGGAAAAAGAGAGGGAGAAAAGCCCCCUCCAUAAGCAGCUACUCUCCCUCGGCUUCCUCAGUAGCCCGACAGGGAACUGCUCCUGUGGCGCCCCUACACAGAUACCCACCCCGGGUGCUAAGCCCCAGAGCGUGCUGGGUGAGGCUUUCGAAAGGCUGCAUCGGUUGCUGGUGCCUUUUACUCGCCAAGUGCUGCAAAACCAGCAGGUGGAGGCUGCCAACCUGCUUAAUGGGGUUCACUGUCGCUGUCUAGAUCUUUUCAUCAACCAGGCCUUUGACAUGCAGAGGGACCUGCAGAUAACGCCGCGCAGGCUGGAGUACACCCGUGAGAAAGAGGGUGAACUCUUCAACUCCCUUAUGGCCAUCGCUAACCGAAAACAGGAAGAGAUGAAGGAGAUGAUAGUGGAAACGCUGGGCAGCAUGAAAGAACAGCUGCUGGAGGAUGCUGCCAACCUGGAGUUUACAGACAUCAUUGUAACAACUAAUGGAGAACCCGUUACAUCGAAGGAGAUCAAAUCUUGCAUCCACCAGAUCCAGGAGUUGAUAGUGGUUCGUCUGAAUCAGGCCGUGGCCAAUAAGCUGAUCAGUUCUGUGGACUAUCUGAGGGAGAGCUUCGUAGGAACUCUGGAGCGAUGUCUCAACAGUCUGGAGAAGUCAAACAUGGAUGUCUCUGUCCACAAUAUCACUUCCAAUCACCUCAAACAGUUAUUAAAUGCUGCCUAUCAUGUGGAGGUCACCUUUCAUUCAGGAUCCUCUGUCACGAGACUCUUCUGGGAGCAAAUCAAACAGAUAAUCCACAGGAUAACGUUUGUGAACCCUCCCGCCAUCACUCCAGAGUGGAAGCGGAAAGUGGCCCAGGACGCCAUAGAAAGUCUCAGUGCUGCCAAACUGGCCAGAAGCAUCUGCGCCCAGUUCAGAACCCGCCUCAACAGCUCCCAUGAGGCCUUUGCAGCAUCUCUGCGCCAGCUGGAGGAAGGGCACACGGGGCGUCUGGAGCGCACUGAGGACCUGUGGCUGCGUGUGAGGAAGGACCACGCCCCUCGGCUGGCCCGCCUGUCUCUGGAGAGCCGCUCCCUCAGGGACGUGCUGCUGCAUGGCAAGCCUAAGCUCGGGCGGGAGUUGGGUCGUGGUCAGUAUGGAGUUGUGUACCUAUGUGACAGUUGGGGAGGACACUACCCAUGCGCCUUAAAGUCCGUGGUACCGCCUGAUGAUAAACACUGGAACGACCUGGCUUUGGAGUUUCACUACACGAGGUCCCUGCCCAAGCAUGAGCGGCUGGUCGACCUGCAUGGCUCUGUGAUCGAUUAUACUUACGGAGGUGGCUCCAGCAUCGCUGUGCUGCUCAUCAUGGAGCGGCUGCACAGAGACCUCUAUACAGGCUUAAAGGCCGGUUUAUCACUGAGGGAGAGACUUCAGAUCGCUCUGGAUGUGGUGGAGGGGAUCCGCUUUCUGCAUGGUCAGGGCCUCUUGCACAGAGACAUAAAGCUUAAGAAUGUUCUGUUGGACAAACAAAAUCGUGCGAAGAUCACAGACCUGGGUUUCUGUAAACCAGAGGCCAUGAUGUCUGGCAGCAUUGUUGGAACGCCCAUCCACAUGGCUCCAGAGCUGUUUACAGGAAAGUACGAUAACUCCGUGGAUGUUUACGCCUUUGGGAUCCUUUUCUGGUACCUCUGCACUGGUUCAGUCAAACUCCCAGAAGCCUUUGAGAAAUGCUCCAGUAAAGACCAGCUCUGGAAUAAUGUUAAAAAAGGAGCCCGACCCGAGCGGUUGCCCACUUUCGAUGAGGAAUGCUGGCAGCUGAUGGAGGCCUGCUGGAACGGGGAUCCUUCCCAGAGGCCCCUGCUCGGCAUCGUGGAGCCCAGCCUGCAAAGCAUCGUGGUCCGGCUCUGCAACUGCUCGGAACAGAAAAGCAGCAGCCUCGAGGACUCAAACUGAAAGCACUCCAGAUAAACUAACACGCGUGUGACAGGGAUUCUGAUCAGAAAAAGUAUUUUUCUUGUAUUUAUGAAGAACGGAGACGAACAGGUGACAAAUGAAUAAUGUUUGAACUGUCCUCCUUUUGUUGGAUUUACAUUAUUUAUGAGGAGUUGAUACAAACCACAAGUUUGCAAAUAUGUGUGUUUUAUUGUUUGUGCUUUGUGUAUUUGCAUGACAUCAUGCUUUUGUCAUAGCUUUCGUGCUAAUUGCUACUUGGUCAUAGAAUUGUUACUAGAUGCAAAUUGUUUUAAAAGUAGUCCAUUUCCAGUGUUAUAAAAAAUAUAAAUUUAUAAAAGAUUAAUUUUAGAUUGUAUUUAAACUGAACAUGUCUGCAUCUAUACACUUUUUUUUAAUAAAAUGAUCUGUUACAA